GAUGACGAGCCAAUGACAGCAGGGGCUGAUGGCAGAGAUCACACCCGUAUUCGGAAGUUCCUCAGCCAGCACACCAAGAAAUUACCCUGGAAACCAGAGUAUAAGGGCCAGGCUAACCUUCACGUGUUUGAGGACUGGUGCGGCUCCUCUAUAGCCCAGCUGAGAAAGAACUUGCACUUCCCUCUCUAUCCUCAUGCCAGGACAACAGUGAAGAAACUGGCAGUGGCUCCAAAGUGGAAGAACUAUGGCUUGAGAAUAUUUGGCUACCUUCACCCUUACAGAGAUG